AUGAUUUGUUAUAUGUGUCAAGCAAAUAUUCACAGUUGGAAAGCAUUAGUUUCACAUUUUAAAAUUUUUCAUUUUCUUAAAUCUGAUAGUACUUACAAAUGUGCCGAAAAAAACUGUACACAAACAUUUCAGUGUUUAGGGUCUUUUAAAAGACAUAUGACUAUUAAACAUACUUCUUAUGAAAUAGAACCUUUACCUAACAACCCAUCGCUUUUUGCCGAAUCAAGCUGCAAGUACUACUCUAUGGUCGAAGAAAAAUUUAAUAUUGAUACAGCUAUUAAUUCUUUUUAUAAAUCUGCUGUAGAAUUUAUUGUUGGAUUACAUGAUAAUAAUAAUUUUACUAAAAAGGAUGUGAGCAAUAUUCAAUCAGGUAUAAUUCAAAGUUUACUUACACCAAUGGUUUCUAUACUAAAAAAUGUUGUUAAAUCAGAAGUUAAAGAACCAUUAUCUUUGUCAAAAUUUGAUAAUAUUCUAACAGCCAUGUCCAACCCUUUUCAAUUUUGUACUUCAGAAUACAUUUUAUUAAAAUGGUUAGUUGCUAAUGAUUUAAUAUCUGAAGUAAAACAAUUUACUAUUCAUAAUGAAAUUCGCCCUGUUCAACACUUGGGUGAGACUGUGUAUGACGAAAAACAAACAAAGGGUGCUCUAUUACCAUUAAAACUCCAGUUCAAAAAAUAUUUUGAGUCAAAACAAAUGUGUGAAGAAGACAUUAGUUGUAUGCGAAAUAUUGAUAAUUAUAAUACAGACGUUGCCAUCCAAAACUUUUCUGAGUCAGGAAUUUACAAGGAAUCAAUAUUAAAUCAAAUCCAAAGUUUUCAUGUAACUCAAAAUUUUUGCGUGGAUACUAUGCAUGAUUUGUAUGAGGCUAAACUAUUAACUUUAGAUACAUUGAAUAAUCGAAAAUCAAAUUUUAACUAUGGCCCAAUAGAGUUUGGUAAUAUUUCUCCCGAAAUCUCAAUUAAUCACUUGAAUAAUUGUCAUUUGAAAAUGUCUGCUAGGGAAGUUAUGACAUUCAUAUAUUUUUUCCCGCUUAUGGUAGGAGAUUUAGUGCCAAGAAAUGAUGAAAUCGACAUAGACUAUAGUGCCAUAUUCCCCCAUCAAAAUAUUUACUUCGAAUUUGAAAAAAAAUGUGAUACAAUUUAUGACAUUCUACCUGAAAAGGUGAAGGAUUCAAGCUGUCUAAAAAUAUUAGACCAAAUAAAAAAUGGCAACAAUUUAAAUGAGAAUGUAAAGAAUUCUGCUUUGAUGUAUUUGUUACAUGGGAUGUUUGCACCAACAUCAAAAAAAGUAACAAAAGAUGAUAAUGGUAAAAAAAACCUCAUUAAGCUCUCUAUAAAAGAUUCCCAAGAAAGUUUUAUGAUGUUUGGAGAAUCUGUAGAAAUGAUGGAAUCUCACCUUGAAAAUCUUAAGAAACAGUGUAAACCUAUACAACCCUUCAUACUUGUUGUUGGAACCAUUUUUUAUAUUAAAGAAAUAUUAGUUUAUUUUGAUUCUGUUAAGUAUAAGGUACAUUCAAUUAUAAGAGCAAUUGAAGUUUGUUACAAAAUAUUUCAACUAUUCAAUCUGCAAUAUCCACCAGAAUCAUUAGUAGUAUGGUUGUUUAUUCAAAAAUAUUUUUUUAAUUACUCUUCAACAUAUAACAUACCUCUUCCUAAACUAUCACAAAUAUUGACUGAAUUAAACUAA